CUUAAAAACACACACUAUAACUGUUCAAUGUUCCUGUAUUUUCUAUUUUCAUAUACUCACAUAAACAAAUAAACCAAUAAAAAAAAGUUAAAAUCCACUGCCUCUUCUCUCUCUUGAAAGCAGAAACCAAAUAAGAGAUUACUGUUCUUGUUCUUGUUCAUCUAUUUUGUUGAGAAAAAUCCAGUCUUUUUAUUGUUUCUCCGACUGGGUUGUACUUAUAUUUAUAUAAUUUGUGUAUUUUGAUACAUAUUUUAGCAUUUUUAAGAACCUGUUUCUUAUGGGAUGCCGCAUGAAAUUCUUGAAUAUGGUGUUGGUGGUGGCGGCGGUGAUGGCUGCUGCCGCCGCCGUGGCCGUCGGAGCUGAGAAACUGCCAGCGGGAGUGCUUAAUUUGGAAAGGAUUUUUCCUUUGAACGGGAAGGUGGAGCUGGAGGAGGUUAGAGCAAGGGACAGAGCUAGACAUGCUCGAAUGUUGCAGAGUUUUGCUGGUGGGAUUGUUAAUUUUCCUGUUGUCGGUUCAUCUGACCCUUAUCUUGUCGGCCUUUAUUUUACAAAAGUAAGACUGGGAACUCCACCAAGAGAAUACAAUGUGCAGAUUGACACAGGCAGUGAUAUCCUGUGGGUAACAUGUAGUUCCUGCGAUGAUUGUCCUCGGACAAGUGGACUUGGGGUUGAGCUCAACUUCUAUGACGCUACCAUCUCGUCAACUGCUUCUCCCAUUUCUUGUGCAGACCAAGUGUGCGCUUCUAUAGUUCAAACUUCCUCAGCUGAGUGCUCUACGGAAACCAAUCAGUGUGGUUACUCCUUUCAGUAUGGAGAUGGGAGUGGCACAACUGGUCAUUACGUAGCCGAUUUAUUAUAUUUCGACACAGUCCUGGGAACCUCAUUGAUUGCCAACUCUUCAGCGCCGAUUAUUUUUGGGUGCAGCACCUCUCAGUCUGGGGACUUGACCAAAACGGACAGAGCAAUUGAUGGGAUAUUUGGGUUUGGUCAACAGGGUCUUUCAGUAAUAUCUCAACUGUCUUCUCAUCGGAUUACUCCUAAAGUAUUUUCACAUUGCUUGAAAGGAGAGGGAAAUGGUGGAGGUAUACUAGUCCUUGGUGAGAUUUUGGAUCCGAGAAUCGUAUAUAGUCCCCUUGUUCCGUCACAGGCACAUUACAAUGUAUAUCUGCAGAGCAUUGCUGUUAAUGGACAGUUGGUGCCUGUUGAUCCAUCAGUGUUUGCGACAUCUGGCAAUCGAGGAACUAUUGUGGAUUCUGGUACAACUUUGGCUUAUAUUGCCGCAGAAGCUUAUGAUCCCUUUGUCAAUGCUAUAACUGCUGCUGUUUCACCAUCAGUUAGGCCAAUCAUCUCACGAGGAAAACCGUGCUUUUUAGUCUCCUCAAGCAUCACAGAGAUAUUUCCCCCAGUUUCUCUGAACUUUGACGGCGGUGCAUCGAUGGCUUUAAGACCAGCAGACUACCUUGUGCAUAUGGGCUUUGUUGAAGGUGCUGCUAUGUGGUGCAUCGGCUUUGAAAAACAGGAUCAAGGUGUAACAAUUUUAGGAGAUCUUGUUUUGAAAGAUAAGAUCUUUGUGUAUGACUUGGCUCGGCAGAGGAUUGGAUGGGCAGAUUAUGAUUGUAAGUACCUCUUUUUAGAAAUGAAGUCAGCAUUUGCUUUUAUCUCCAUUUUGCCCCUUUAUUUUCUUAUUUCUUUUUAUUUUUUGG